UUAGAGGCGGCGUAUAACGAAGGAACGUUCAACACUUGAAGCGAUUUUAUUACGAUAUUGUGCCCGGCGAGGUGCACAGUUCGGUGUUUGUGGAUGCGGAGGUGAGAGUCAAAGAGGUUUUGCAUUAUUCCAGAGAAAAAUGCGGAUAUUAAUAGGUUUGGCGACGCUGUUUGUGGGAGUACAGUGUAUGUACUCUAAUUCGGAUGUUAUUGAAUUAAAUCCGACCAAUUUCGAUAGCAGAGUAAUAGAAAGUGCAAAUAUCUGGGUCAUUGAAUUUUAUGCUCCAUGGUGUGGACAUUGCCAACAACUGAAGCCAGAAUAUGAAAAGGCUGCGAAAGCUCUUAAAGGUAUCAUAAAAGUUGCGGCGAUAAAUGCAGAUGAACACAAAUCUUUAGGAGCAAGAUAUGGUGUGAAAGGAUUUCCUACUAUCAAAAUCUUUGGAGCUGAUAAACAAAAACCUGAAGAUUUUAAUGGACCACGAACAGCAAGCGGCAUUGUUGAUGCUGCAAUUAAUGCAGCUUCUCAAAAGGCUCAGUCGCUCCUGAAUGGCAAGAAAAGUGGUGCUGGCUCCAAGGCUAAAGAUUCAAAGGAUGUAAUAGAAUUAACUGAUGACAACUUUGAUAAACUAGUCCUGGAUUCUGAUGACAUGUGGCUGGUCGAGUUCUAUGCCCCAUGGUGUGGGCACUGUAAGAAUUUAGCUCCAAUUUGGGCUUCUGCUGCUACAGAACUGAAAGGAAAAGUUAAAUUAGGAGCACUUGAUGCUACUGCAAGCUCAAUGAAAGCUAGUCAAUAUGGAAUCCAAGGUUACCCAACAAUAAAGUACUUCCCUCCGGGUAAAAAGGAUUCAAGUUCUGCAGUUGAGUACGAUGGUGGUCGUACAAGCAGUGAUAUCGUUAACUGGGCAAUGGAUAAGUUGUCAGAAAAUAUUCCAGCACCAGAGAUAGUCCAAAUAGUGAAUGAAGAAAGUUUGAAGAAGGCAUGCCAAGACAGAGCAUUGUGCAUUGUAUCAAUUUUGCCACACAUUCUUGAUUGCCAGUCUGACUGCAGAAAUGGAUAUCUGAAAGUUUUGAAUGACCUUGGUGAUAAAUACAAAAAGAAAAUGUGGGGAUGGGUGUGGGCCGAGGCUGGAGCGCAACCAAACAUUGAAGAAGCUUUAGAAAUAGGAGGUUUUGGAUAUCCUGCUUUAGCAGCAGUUAAUGUUAAGAAAAUGAAAUAUUCAUUGCUGAAAGGCAGUUUCUCAUACGAUGGGAUUAAUGAAUUUUUGAGAGACUUAAGUUAUGGACGCGGUGGAACUGCUCCAUUAACAGGUUCCGAGUUGCCUGUUAUCCACGAAACAGAACCAUGGGACGGCAAAGAUGGGGAAUUACCUCAGGAAGAAGAUAUCGAUUUAAGUGAUGUCAUUUUCGAUGAUAAGGAUGAACUUUAAGUUCUGGACUGAAACACUUUCUCUAAACUUGAACUUCUUUUGUUACAAUUAUUAGUUCAUUUACGUUACAGGAGAUUCAUACAAAACAGCAACAGAUAAGGUGUCUCCACUGAUGAUAAUUAUAUCUGUUUAUUGUUACAUACAUUUAUUAUGAAACAUCACAGAUUAUCUAUAGAAGUUCCAACAAACUCAUAUAUAUAUGCAUAUAUAAUUUUCUUACAGACACAUACGAUAAGAUUACUUCCUACAUUCUCAAAAAUGAAAAAAAAUUUACAGGCUUUUGUUCGAUAGAUCUCAUUAAAGUCUGCACGUUUCCUCUAUAGAUUCCUCUCGAAAUAAGAGAUGUAAAACUUUUAGUACCAAUUGAUGUGCUUAGGAAUCUCGAGUUUACUCUGCAUUUUGACAUUAAGUGACGUGAUGUUUUCCAAGUAAAUUAAUUUUGGACAGAGAUAAAUCAAACUUUUUAUAAACGCCUUUACUAUCCAAGACUUUUUAACAUAUGUGAAACUGGUUGACUAAAAGAUUACUCAAUUUAAAUUAACCACAAUAAUGGUUUCAUAAAACUGGAACUUAUUAAUAUCUGAAGAUAACAUUCCAUAGCAAUUUUUUUUUCAGAUUGGGGCCAAAUAUUUGAACAACGGAAAUUCAACUACAGUCUUAUAGAUUAUUCUUUAUUAGCGCAAUACAUAUUUCUAAUUGCUAGUUACAGGAGAGAUAGUCGUAACUAAGUAACUCCUAAUUUUUACAUAUUUUAGUAUUGCUUGAAUUAAUAAUUUUGCAUACACACGUUUUAAUUACCUAAUCUUUAAUUUACAAAUAAUUCGCCAAUUAAAAUUAACGAUUAUAUAGAAAUUUACCCAAUCUUGGGUCACGUCUUCCAUAGAGUUCAGAGAUUUCAUAGGAAUUAUUCCGACAUAGGCGUUAUACAAUAAAUUGCAGCUUGAUACAGCUCCUUGAUUUUAUGAACAUUUUAUGAGUUAUCAAGCGGCAUUGUCACAAAGCCUGAAGAUAUUUACACUUCAUGUCACGCAUAUUUUUCAUAAUUUUCGCAAGAGAUUAUGGAAUUCAUACCGUUAUAGUUUAAUUUUACCGUUUGGAAAUUAAACUUCACAACAUAACAUUGCAAUCGGUGUGUUAUAUGAAACUAUAAUAUGACUUAAUGUUAAUUGUGAUGAUCAUUCAUUUGUCUUUUUAUUAAACAACAUUCACAAUAAAAAUAUUUUCCUGUA